GGGAUGUCAAACUGGAUAGGACAUAAUCUGCUGGCAGAGCAGGUUGAAGAACAAGAGCAACGGAAACGGGAAAAAGUGAAGUUGGAACUGCUUGAGGAUGAGAAGAAGAAAUUACAAGCAAAGGAGGAGAAACAAGUUCAGGCGACCAGAGAUUAAAAACAGCAGGAAGCUAGAUUGGGUAGGAUUGUGCGAAUGAGUGUUAAGACGGUGUGUGAAUCAGCCCUCGGGAGGAAGGUGGACAUCCCGGAGGAUGACGACAACGAGGUAGCAAAACUAAGGAAGGAGCUGGAGGAGCUGCACGCCAAGAGUCAUGGUGAGUCUAGUGAAUCCCGUUUGGAGGCCUUGUGGAAGGAGAAGGAGGCACUCCUGAAAAGGAAUCAGGAAAGUGAGGAGGAGAAACUAAACAUGGAGAUUGCCGAGCUGAAGAGCAGGAAGGAGCAGGGCAGAUCUACAUGUGAAGGACAGGAUGCAAUCAUAGCAUUGCAACUGCAGAUCAAGGAGCUGGGGGCUUUUAGGACAGCUCCUGAGGAAAGAAACGCGGAAGCCUCAGCACUGAAAUCGGAGAACAGGCAUCUGAAGAAAUAUAUCUCCGAGCUACGCAAGGAAUUUGUCAAUAUCAAGGGCAAGAGGAUAGCAGAGGCGGUAACGAAAAGCAGCCCACCAGAGGAACCGGCAAAAGGCAAGCAACGGGCUGAUCCUUCUACAAUGGCGGUGUACAUGCUAAGGAUCUUGAGGCUAUUCAGAAGGCAAGACCAUGGUAAGAAAAACAACACCACGCAACCUGAGAACAAGCUUUUAGGCAGUGGAGGUGCACGUUCUAUUGUUGAUGUAGCCCAUGAUCUGGAAGUUGCGAAGAUGGCGGGUUUUCGGGAGGCAAGGUUGAAGGAUCUCCAACAGGCAAAGAAGGCAGACAUGGAAACGGCUUGUGCUGAAGAAGGUAUCUCUUAUAUUAAGUUGGAACAAGCCAAAGCGGAUGUUGCAGAGAUUAGAGCAAGCCGCGAUUAUGCUGAAUGGCUCAAGGAGAAGGAAAAAGGACAAGAUGAUCACCAGGAUCAGCACUACGCGACAACAACCGAGGAAGUUGGGGAGGAACGAGGGGACUCCCUAAGUGUGUCAUAUCUAUGGGAGUUGACCUUGCUAUGUCGUGAUUUCUAUGUAGAUUUACACUCCGACCAGUUUUAUGAUGUUUUAAAUUCUCGAUUGGUGGUGAUACUGCUCAUCUUCCAGGGAGGGAUUAGAUGGUGUGGUUAGCGCCUCGCUGAUAAAAUUUUUCAGUAAGA